CAAAGGUCAGAAGGUAUGAUGCAGGUGAAACGGGAUAUUUUAACACUGAGGUGCGAACAUGUGUUGGUUCAUGUUUAUAAGCUUGUCAGGAACUCGACUGGACAGCAGUUCCAGCUGUGGGGAUCACUGAAGAGACAUGUUUUGUUUGCUCACGGUGCCGUGACACCCGGGGAUGGAGAGGUCAUCCCUAUGGACAUCGAGCUGCACGACAAGAGUAUGAUAACCUACCCAGGAACACCUGACCCACCUCAAAAAUGCUUCAAGAAGUCAAUCAACUUCCAUGACUUUACAAAGGGCUUAGUGGCUAUGAAGAUCACCAAAAAAAACACUUGUUUUGUGAAGCCAUCUGACGAGACAUACGACGACAUUAAGAAGGUCGUAGACAACAUCAAAAAGGGAGAGACAGCACCAAAGGUUCAAGCUACUGAAGAGUGGGUCGUUCCCAAAACGCCAUUACCUGCAGAAGAGAUCGAACAGAAAGUGGGAGAGAGGAUAGCAAAGUUCUGUAGCGGCUGCAAAGUGCAUCUCCUCCAAGACGGCAAAGUGAUCAGGGCUGCUGCAGAUGUCCCGAGAGUAACCGCGAAAAGAGGUGGUAAGUUUUCAACUUCAUCUGUAAGUAAUAUCGAAAAGAAUACCAAGAUUCACAUAAAGUUUAAAUUUCAAAACAAUGAUCUUGAAAUGUCAAGAUAAGACUUUAAAAUUUGAAGACCAUCAUCUGGAAAUUUCAAAAUAUAAUUUAUAAAACCAACCAGAGUGGCCCAAAAUGGCUUCCGUAAAGUACACGUGUGUCACAUUUAUUUUAUCACAGUUGUGUUGAUGUAGAGAUACAGCGACAUUUUUAUCAGGUGUAAUCACUAAUACAAAAACCAAUUAUUCGCUUCCACAGCUGUGAGGAGCCGGUCUAAGAGAUGGGGUGGAUGGUGCCUGUUCUGCUGGGGUUGUAAAACGUCUG